AUGAACACAGAUCAGCCGGCUGCCCCUUCCCAGGCGCCAGCCAGCGAGAGAACGAAGCGGAAGAAGAGGAAGGCGGUACUGAUAAGUAGAAAAGACCGCGAAGGUUUUGCCCAUUUCAUUCUCCAGACCGUGGAUUUCUCCCAGCACUCCGGGGAGGUCUCCCUGGGCGUCAUCAGGAAAGAGCUGGCGGCGGCGGGGAUCGAUGUUAAGAAGAACAAAGCCCGCAUCAAAGCGGGGAUCAGAAAGCUGGUCGCCACGAAUGUCUUGCUUAAGGUCCCGGGCUCCUACAAGCUCAUCGCAGAAGCGAAGCUACCUCCUCAGCUGGUGAAGAAGGACAACUCGCCAAAGAAGCAGGGGGCUGAGAAAAUCAAGAGGAAAAAAAAAGCAGCCAAGAAAAAAGCCAAGAAGAAAGCGGAGGCUCUUGUAGAUCAGGAAGAGGGAACUGGAGAAACUGUCGCUUCUGUAUCCUUUAUGCAGUGGGAAACAUCUCUGGAGGGGAAGUCCUAA